AUGACUUUGCGAUUGUAUAAUUACCAAGGAAUCAUUAGAUCUAUAUUGUAUGCUAGAUCAACGAAUUGCAUAAGAUCUGGUUUUUCACUCCCCCCAAGACAUAUAGCGAAUUCAUUCAACAGUAAUAAACUUCAAUUCCAUACAUUUUCCCGCAUACUACAUGAGACUAAAAAGACAAAGUUAAGUGAUUUAGAGAAGUCACCAAAACCAUCAUCAAAGCCCUUACCACCAUUAGAACCCAUAAGUCCACUUCAACCAUUAUUGCGUGAAAAUAUUUAUACGAUACCCAACAUUUUAACUGCAACUAGAAUUAUUACUGCUCCUGCUGUAGGGUACUUUCUCAUAAAUCAACAAGCUGGGCUAGCGAUGUCGAUUUUUGUAUAUUCAUGCGUAACUGAUUUUAUUGACGGAUAUAUUGCCAGGAAAUAUAACAUGAAAUCAAUUAUUGGAUCAAUAUUAGAUCCAAUGGCUGAUAAAUUAUUAAUGACUAUAUGUACUGUAUCAUUAAGUUAUAUUUCGUCCAUGCCAUUGUACCUUGCAUGCUUAAUCAUUGGAAGAGAUGUAUUGUUGAGUUUUAUGGCAAUCUAUUACAGAUAUGUAACUUUACCACCACCGAAAACGUUUAAGAGGCUUAUUAAUAUUUCGAUUCCUACAGUUUCUGUUCAUCCGAACUUAUUAUCCAAAGUGAAUACAGGAUUACAAAUGCUCUAUAUUGGAAGCUUGGUAUUGCAACCUGCAAUCGAAUCAAUAAUGGCAGAAAAUUGGAUUGAACCAUUUCAUUCAGGAUUAUACGGCUUUGAAUUAUUAGUAGCUACAACAACAUUUUUAAGUGGUUGCACGUAUAUUUUCUCAAAGAAGGCGAUAAAACCCGUUAGAUAA